UUGAACAUUGAACGACUCACCUGACCAGGUGUACAUGUUACUAGACACAGCACAUCUAAACGGCGACUUGGGGCGUGUACUUGCAACCAAACGAAAUAUAACUGGAGAAAGUGCAGAUAUUGGUCUGAGGAGUCAUGUCUUUGUCCAAGAUCCUAACGGAAGAUUUCCUAACGUGCAGCAUAUGUUUUGAAAAGUUCAAAGACCCCAAGGUCCUCGGCUGUUCGCAUACGUUUUGCCAGCAUUGCCUCCAAGACCAUUUGGACAGAAACUUUAAAGGUCAGCCUGGCUUCCCUUGUCCUAUCUGUAGACAUCAGUGUGACCUCCCUAGGGGCGGUGUUAGCAGUUUACAAACAAAUCAUCUUGUGGUCAGCAUAUCACACACACUUGGUCAAGUAGAACAAGCCAAAGCUGCCAAGAAAUGCGAGGUAUGUUGCUUGAAAAAUGCACGCAAUCCACUGAUGGCGACAAAACGUUGUUUGGACUGCAGUGAAAGUAUGUGUGGAAAUUGUUCUUCUGACCAUGUGCUUCAUAAGUUAAACCGUGACCACAAAUUGUUUCCUGUCGACCAGAUAGACAGCGACGAAUACGUGACAGAGCUGCGUGCCCGACAAAACAUCCUUUGUGACCACAACAACAAGGACCCCGUAGAAAUCUUCUGCCCAGUGUGUAAAAUGUUCAUCUGCGUCGGUUGUAUGGUUUUAGAACACAAGGAUCAUGAUUGCCUAAGAAUCAACACUGCUGCUGACAAACGUAAGGAAAAACUAGAACUCAACAUAAAACCUAUCGAGAAGAAAAGUCUACUCUACGAUCAGUUUAAAACCGCUGCUGAAGACCAGAAAGCAUCAGUAGAAGAGGGAAGAAAGAAGGCAAAGAAUCAAGUUAACCAGCAGUUACAGCUAAUGAUUACAGUGCUCCGUCAAUGUGCUGAUGAUCUUCUGGUAGAAAUAGAUGCCAAGUCGGACGCUAAACUAGAAGUUUUGGAUGGUUUAAUUGCGAUUGCUACCGCCGACCAAAACCAACUGGACGACGUUGUAGACUUCUCCAGAAAGGUAAUAAACCAUGGGAACAAUAUGGAUGUCCUUCAAAUGGCCUCCGCCUGUGAGCAAAGCAGCGAGAGCGUUCAUACUCUCGACAUCCCGACCCUGUCUGCAACCAUGACCCGCCUACAGCUUAUCACCAAAGACAUGGAGGAGUGGGUUACCAAUAUCAACCGUUGCCUUGGAGACGUGGUUCCUGCUGUAUGUGGAAGACUGGUGACAUCGUUUAAAGUAGAAUUAGCAAAGUCUCCUGAGGAGGUGCUCAGUCAUGUGACCACUGAUGCAAAUGGUGACACCCUUGUUGGUGUUUUUUGUAAUGUUGAAAGAUCAGUGAAUAGAAUCCACAUCUACGAUACCAACUUUGUCCUACAGGGCACAAUACCAAACCCAAGAGCAGCAGAAAAGUAUGCCUUUGCCGGGAUUGCCAUUGAUGAUGACGGUAACAUCGUCACUAGAUGUCUUGGAUCAAAUGAAAUCAUUGUCUACGCCAAGACAGGAAACCACGUGAGAACAUUCCACAGUGAGUCACCCGAAGCUAUAGCGGUCAACAGCAAGGGUCACUAUGUGGUGGCCGGUCGUAAUAAUCUGACUGUGCACCACAAGGAUGGCAAGGUCCUGCAGACGACACCAGACCCUGGAGAGGGUAAAUAUUUCAAACGCAUCCAAUGUAAAGUGAAUGAUGACGUCAUCGUCACAGAUCCAGGGGAUCAUCACAUCCGCGUAUAUGAUCCCACUCUCCAGCUUAAAUAUAGAUAUGGUACCCUGGGUGAUGGGGAUGGACAGGUGAACCUUCCAGGCGGCACUUUCUGCAUGGAUAAUGGAGAUAUAAUUCUAACAGACCUCAAGAACCAUCGUCUACACCUGGUGUCACCAGAUGGGAAAUUCAGACAGUUUCUUUUAAGCAAAGAAAAUGGGCUUGAUGGACCAAAAGAUGUUGCAAUUAAUCGUCUCGGACAACUAGUCGUUGGGGAAAAGACAGGCGAGAUUAAAGUCUAUCAAUUAUGACUGAUUGCCAGCAUACCAAGUUAACAAGGAACUACGGAAAUAUUGUGUUUGUAAAAACGAAAAAUAGAGAAACUGGAUAUUUCAUAACUUAGCAGUUCAUAUGUUAUUGCCACUUGAAUCAUGAACGCAUUGGUUGUAUAUAAAGACGAGAAUUGUUAGCUGUGAUUAAACAGUAACAUGGCAGAAUAUGGAGUAUUUGUGUGCAGCGUAUAUUGUUAUAAUACAAACAUUUACUGUAGCCUGAUUAAAAUAGGAAAUCCUAAUUGAAAAAAAAAAAUAAUAAAACUAUUCCAUCACAGAAUAGACUCUAAUUGUGUGCCAACAAUACUUUAUAAUACAAAUAUUUUAAUGAUUAUACUAGAAAAACUUAUCUGAAAAAUAAUCAUAUAAUAUUGACACUUAAUAUUCUCAGAAAAGGAAACAUCUGGCAGGGUAAUAUGAUUGAGAAUAUGGCAAUAUUUAUUCUGUUACAAGGACUAGUGUGUGUAUCACCUCUUCAUCAUCUGCCUUUUAGGUUUAUAUAAUUGUUGUUCUCAGUGAAAUAAAUUUUGAUGAUAUUGGUACAAUGCAUUCAUCAAAGACGUUUGAUAUAAAUUUUACGAUUGGUAAAAUUAGGUUAUGCUUUGAUUUAUACUUAAAACUCUCAGAAAAUUUAAGUAUUAAUAGUUAGGCCUAAAUAGUCAAAAGGUUGAGAUUGUACCGUUACAUGCGUUGGAAUAAAAAUAAAGGAAUUACAUUAAGAUCAAAUUCAGUCCGGAAUGAAACGCUGACUUUUAAAAUUUUAAUAAAAGAUAAAUGAAUAAAAAUGUUUCGGAAUUGAUCACUCUUGA